CGGACACCUCAGACAGACGGUGGCCUGGGAUCAGUCAGCGUCUCGGGCGAGCCUGAAACGCGCGCCCCAAUCCCGCCAUGGCUCGGCUGCUCCGGGCAUCCUGCCUUCUUUCCCUGCUCCUGGCCGGCUUUGUCCCGCUGAGCCGGGGGCAGGAGAACACGAAGAAGGACUGCUUUCCUGGCGUGACCGGCACCAUCUACGACUAUGGAGCCCUCACCCUCAACGGGGAAGAGUACAUCCCCUUUAAACAGUAUGCUGGCAAAUACCUCCUCAUUGUCAACGUGGCCAGCUACUGAGGCCUGACGGGCCAGUACGUUGAACUGAAUGCACUACAGGAAGAGUUUGAACCGUCUGGUCUGGUCGUUCUGGGCUUCCCCUGCAACCAAUUCGGAAAACAGGAGCCAGGAGAGAACUCGGAGAUCCUACCUAGCCUCAAGCAUGUCCGACCGGGCGGAGGCUUCAUCCCCAAUUUCCAACUCUUUGAGAAAGGCGAUGUGAACGGGGAGAAGGAGCAGAAGUUCUACACGUUCCUGAAGAACUCCUGCCCGCCCACCUCGGAGCUCGUGGGCUCACCUCACCGCCUCUUCUGGGAACCCAUGAAGGUCCAUGACAUCCGCUGGAACUUUGAGAAGUUCCUGGUGGGGCCAGACGGUGUACCCAUCAUGCGCUGGCACCACCGGACCACCAUCAGCAACGUCAAGAUGGACAUCCUGGCCUACAUGAAGCAGAAGGCAGCCCAGGAGGUCAAGAAGUAAUCGAGGCCUGCCCCAGCCCAUGUUCACCACGCAGGGCUGGGGAGGAACCCUGUUCAGGAAGGAAUCCAUUUCUGCAGCCACACCACACUCCCACCAUACACCCCUCCCUAUUACACAAGGCCCCAGCCUGACACAAACGUGUGCACCCAGUUGUGAGUGAAUGCGCAAGCAUGUGCAGCCACACGUGUCUACCUGCAUGAAUACCCAGGAGUGUGCACCAAUGUGUGUGCCCACAGCUUUGUACUGUGGAGAGUGCUAGAGAAUAGCACCCCUUUCUCUCCAGUUCUCUGCUCCAAUGAUAACGAUUCACUUUCAGCUGAGCCCAAAGGAAAAACCAGCUCUAGAUCCAACUCUUCUGCUCGACCUAGACCUCAGCUUUGGGGUCAGCAUCUCCCACGGCCUCCAAAUGCCACCACUGAAGUGCCCAGAAGUUUCUGGGUCUACCACACUGCCCAACCGCUCUCCUCGCCAUCGUAAAGCCUCUUUCCUUCCUGAAGGGCCCUCCCGAGCCCCCUACCCCACCCCGCAGCGCUCCCCGAGCAGCCAAGGCAGAUGUGAGAGCAAGGGCCACGUUCCCCAUGUCAGGGGUGGCUUCUGCAUGAAGGAGGGGCCCGAAGCCCUUGUGGGCGGACCUCCCCUGAGCCUGUCGGAAGGGCCAGCCCUUAGUGCAUUCAGGCUGAGGCCCCCGUGCAGGGAUGCCACCCCCACCACUUUGGAGAAUGUGCCCUCACUGCUCACCCCGGCCCAUUGGUGUUAAGGCUCACCCCUGUCUGCCCAGUAAAGGCCUUUUUCUGCAGCA